ACCAGAGCCAAGAUGGCGGCCAGCAGGAGGCUGAUGAAGGAAGGUUCAGCAGAGAAGGUUCAACAGUAGAAUAAGCAAUAUAAGUCACAGACAGCAUGCACCUUCUAAGAAAAGUUCAGACCGGUUUCCGGGUUUCUGUCGGCGCAGACUUGUUGCUGUCAGAGGGACUCCUCGCCUUGCUUCUGUGUGCCUGGCCCAGUGGGAGGCCUUUGCUCUGGAGCUUGAAGAAAUCCGCAAAUGUGGGAUGAAAAACUUCCGUAACAUCCAGGUUGAUGAAGCUAAUUUAUUGACUUGGCAAGGGCUUAUUGUUCCUGACAACCCUCCGUAUGAUAAAGGGGCCUUCAGAAUUGAAAUCAACUUUCCAGCAGAGUACCCAUUCAAACCACCGAAGAUCACGUUUAAAACGAAGAUCUAUCACCCGAACAUUGAUGAAAAGGGGCAGGUCUGUCUGCCGGUAAUUAGUGCUGAAAACUGGAAGCCAGCAACCAAAACUGACCAAGUCAUCCAGUCCCUCAUAGCACUGGUGAACGACCCCCAGCCCGAGCACCCGCUCCGGGCUGACCUAGCUGAAGAAUACUCUAAGGACCGUAAAAAAUUCUGUAAGAAUGCUGAAGAGUUUACAAAGAAAUAUGGGGAAAAGCGACCUGUGGACUAAAAUCUGCCGCGAUUGAUUCCAGCAAGUGUGAGCAGAGAUGCCAAGCAGUGCAUUCAGACACCCCACGAAGCAGGACUCUAUGGAAAAUUGACAUGUGCCACCGCCUGGCAUCUGCUUGUGGCAGUUACUAACUUUCUACAGUUUUCUUAAUCAAAAGUGGUCUAGGUGACCUGUAAAGAAAGGAUUAAAAAUUUAAGAUGUUCUA